AACCUCUCUAAUCUGGACUCCUCGCUGAAAAAAGAAGCAGGGAAUAUUCAGGGUAUAGCUUUGAUGUAAAGAUUAAACGAUACCAUGUAUAAGAAAUAAUUACUUGGUGGCUGAAUGAUCAAUUUUGCUGAAACUUUGCAUGAGUUUUUGCAGGCGACUUUUCCCCACUAGCCUGGGGAGAUGAGUUCAGUUUAACUGGACUUCAGGAAAUAACAUCCAAAAAGCUGUUGUAGCAUUGAAUUCCCAUUAAAAAUGUUUAAGAAACAUUUGAUCUGAAGUCUCUACAAGAACUGUAGUAAGAUUCCUGUUUUGAUUUUUUAAAAAUUAAAACCCCUUUGAUCCUGUGCUGGGACUGAUGACACCAAGUCACGUUUCUUAAUCCAUGUAGCCUGAAUAAUACCAACAGUGGACAUUCGUUGACAAUUUCAGACACAUUAUAUCACUUAAUUCUCCCAAUCAUCCUCUGAUGGACAUGUGAAGCUUAGUGAGGUUAAUAUUUUGCCCCAAGACCCUCAGUUAUGUUCUGGAGCAAGGGCUGGAUCUGUUGACUCUAUCUUCCUUACCAUUGUACAACACUGCCACCGUUUACUCGGUGCCAGCUGUGACCAAACUGUUUUCCUGGAGAUCUAUCUACUGCAGGCACACUCGCUCAGGGCAAUCAGCUUCAGGGAGGAAGAGAAGAGGCCGAGGCCCGCCUUCCCCUACCCCCCAGUGCAGCUCCAAGUCCAUUCUUCCCUCCCAGGGCUGAGACCGCUGUUCCUGGGAAGUGGCAAAUAUGGGCUCCGCAGACCUGGACUCUGUGCAAAGUGUGACAUUUCCCCCUCAAUACAGGCCCUGACGGGUCGAGACUCGCUCGUCUUCAGUUGUCCUGCCUCUGCGUGCACUAAGACCAUGCCCCGAGUGCCCAGCUGUCUCUACAUCGGUUUCCCCCACGCCGUGAGAGUGGACAAUUGAGCUAAGAUCCAGCCGGGUGGACGGGCUCGGGUUGCACAGCGAGGACUACCCCCCAGCCUCGCACGUCCUCUGGUGCGGGUGGGGCUUGGGGUGGGAGAGGAUCCCCGCGGACCCUGGUUUGACCUAAGGAGAUCCCGUUUGUACCGUAUGGACGCAGGUACGAGCCGCGCGCAGCACCAUCUCUCCACGUUUUCUUUGCUUUUGAGAACCGUCAGUAGGAACCAAACCUCCCAGGAGGGUGACUGGGCAGUGGGGAGGGCGCAGGAAGAAAGCAUUUGGCGAGGAAGGUGGGGGUUAGCACGCACGUGGUUUCUGCGAGAACCAAUGGGGCGCGGCGGUCUCGUCCCCCGGCCCGCCCGGAUGGCCCAGAGGAAGGCGCGGUUCUGGACGCUGGGUGUCUGUCCCAGAGCUUGGGUAUGAGUGCGGGGCCUGCAGCGACAAGACGGGAAGUUCGGGACUCCGUGCUCGGUGGGGACUGGGAACUCUUCGGCCCCGCCCCCUCCGCCUUCGGGAUGCUGCUGGGCCGGGUCACCUCCACCCCCUUCUCCGUCAAUGACAUCCUGCGGCUGCAGCGGCUGCAGCGGGAACAGAGCGGCCCGGCGGCUUCGCCACACCGUGGGAUGCGGGGGAGCCAGGAAAACUCUCCAUACCUGCGAAUGGACUCAGAGCCGCAAGGGUCAGAGAUUCACAGCGCCGGUGGCGACAGAAGACAAGACCGAUCGGAGCCACGUAGGGGUUCCUGUGAGGUGGUCGUGGAGAUGGAUGCGGAAAGGGUGGAGGAGCCACAGCUUGGCCUGAGGGAGGCCUCGCCCCUCGGCGGCAGGACCAGGGUGCCGGAGCUCAGUGUUGGCGACAGCGGCCACUGCAUGCGCAGUGGCGGCCCAGAGCAGCCCAAGACGCGGCAGCGGCGGAAGCCGCGCGUACUCUUCUCGCAGGCGCAGGUGCUGGCCUUGGAGCGGCGCUUCAAGCAGCAGCGGUACCUGUCUGCGCCCGAGCGCGAGCACCUGGCCAGCGCGCUGCAGCUCACGUCCACGCAGGUCAAAAUCUGGUUCCAGAACCGGCGCUACAAGUGCAAGAGGCAGCGCCAGGACAAGUCGCUGGAACUAGCCGGCCACCCUCUAGCGCCGCGCCGGGUGGCGGUGCCAGUGCUGGUACGGGAUGGCAAGCCCUGCCUGGGCCCUAGCGCUCCCUCCUUCCCCAGCCCCUACAGCGCCCCCGAAUCGCCCUAUUCUUGCUGCGGCCGCUACACCGAUGCCACCUACUGCGCAGGCUACAGUGGCGGCUACGCCAGUGCGCCCUCGGGCCCCGCGGCACCCACACCACUGGCCAGCGCUGGCCUUGGCCCUGGCGGCCUGAAAGCCACCGCACAGGGCCACCCGGCUGCCACGCUGCAGGGCGUCAGAGCCUGGUGA